UACCACCUAGCCAGAUUUCGUUGCUUCACAGUUCCAAAAUGUUUAAACUCGUCUUGGUUUUAUCUCUUUGUUACAUCGCUGCAGUCCUAGAUUGCAAACCCGUGAAACGAAGUUUCGGCUGCGAUAGUGCCUUAGCAUGUCUCGGAAAUUAUAGACUUGAAAACUCAGAGAAACUCAGCUUCGAACAGUAUUGUGAGAAAGCAAGAGCCGCCGUCUCCUGUUACCACCAUGUUGAGGACCAAUGCGACGACCAAGAUCUCAAAUAUAACAUUAGCUCUCAGAUCAACUUGGAUGAUUUAAUAUGUUUGGAGGACAGCGAAACUUUAGCCGACGACUCUGAGUGCGCCAAGAACAUGGAGAAGAUGGGUGAAGCUAACGAAGCUGCCGCAGGCUGUGUGGAGACCUAUUUAGAAAAUGAAAGACAGCUUGCCUUAACCUCUGACACGAUUUCUGGUCACGAUGCUUCAGCCGUCAGCGUUUGCCCGUUGGUAGAUCAGCUGUACCGAUGCGUGCUCACUACAGGUACUGAAAUCUGUGGCAGUGCUUAUGGAAGUUUCCAGAGCAGCUUGUUUGAAUUAUCGUAUGGGCAAUUCUUCCACGGCUUAGAAUGUCGCUCUCAUGCCAGGAAGGCUCGUCAUAGUGUUGAGAAAAUAUUUCCAUUACUGUCUAAGACAGCCAAAGUAAAACGGUGAACAACUGAUUUGGCGUAUUGAUAAAGUCUAUGCUUUAUAAAACGGUUUUGUUUUUAAAAAAUCGUUCAUUUACUAAAAGUCAUUUUGAUUGAAAAAUAAAUCAAUGGAAUCUG